AUGUCUACGGUACUGCUGCUGGUUGGUCUCCGAUCGAUGAGCGCAUAUCCGAAUGGCUCGAAGGCGCUAAGUGUGUUGCUUGGCUUCCAGCGGGAGAUCCGUGCCUUCGUGGUGUCGUCGGACCAGUGUAGCCUGUCAAGGGCGUCAUGGUGGCUGUAUCACUCGCCUAGAAGUCCUGGACACGCGGGUUUGUGGCCCACGGGCCAGGCAUUCAAUGCUCUAGCGCAGCGUCUUCAUGCUCGGAUGGCAAGAAGGGGACGUUACAUCCACGAGAAGAGAACGAAGCUGAGACUAAGUGUGACUCAAGCGCGCGUGCUGCUCCGCGACUUAUUGCUAGUGGCGUCUGGACUGCGCCCGUCGUGUCUGGUGGACUGCUGUGCGUUGACGAAGGCGCUGGUGAGGCUUCUGCUGAGGUGUCUAGCUGAUGAACACGAGCUGUAUCGUCAAUGGCUCGAAGGUGGGCAGGUCCGUGCGGUGCUGUUGGACGGCAACAUCUUCUUUGUGAACGUAGACGCUUUUGUUCGUGAGAAGAUGGCGACGGGUUUGCACUUUCAAUUGUACGUGGACGUCAGCGCCAGCCUCGAUCGGCCUAAACGCCUCCGUAGUACUUCAACGGCCGAUGCUUCACGAAUGCACGCACUCGCUGUGUGGACUAUCCAAGCCUGCCAGGAAUUGUUGUCAUCAGACUCUCAAGUGUUGGAGCUGAAGCGACCGUCGACACUUAAUGCGACCGCAUUAGCAGGCUUACUACUUUGCUACCCUUGCGUGUACGACAUUUUGGCUGAUGGUGAUAAAGCUGAAGACGAGUGGAGCGAGCAGGCAAACUGCCUCGCCAUGUGCCCGCUCUACUUGUUGCACAGUGCGGCUCUAUUGUACGUUCCCGUUCGUUCAAUUGGAACAAAUGUCUAG